UCAUAAAAUAAUUAUGGCCGUUGAAAGGAAUCGAUCAUUCUUCCUCCAUUGUCGCUCCUCUGGUUUUCCCUCAAUUCAUUCUUCUCUCUUAUGCAUUUUCCCCCAAUCGUUUAUUUCCUUUUCCCACAUUUUCCUCAAAAAAUCGAUUUUUGGUGCGGGGAUGCGGCGUUUGGCAUUGAAUUUUCUCGGUCGCGCUGCCGGGAUUUUUGGGGAUUCUUUCUUCUGUUUCGAUAGGGUUUUUGGUGUUUGAUUUUUGGGUGAAUGGGAUCGGUUGAUUGGAUUUGAAGGGUUUGGGUUUUGAAUCGCGUGGAAAGAUGCAUUUCGCGAAGCUCGACGAUUCACCGAUGUUUCGGCAACAGAUCCAGUUAAUGGAAGAGGGUGCUGAGAUAUUAAGAGACAGAGGCCUUAAAUUUCAUAAAGGGUGUCGAAAGUACAUAGAUGGUCUUGAAGAAGGAUAUGAUAGAGAUAUUGGAUUUGCUUCUGCCUUGGAAACUUUUGCCGGAGAACCGAAUGAUCCGAUAUCUGUAGCGUUUGGAGGCCAUGAUAUGGUCAACUUUGCUAUUGCGCUGAGAGAGAUUGCUGCUUACAAGGAUAUUCUUCGCUCGCAGGUAGAGAUCAUGCUGGAUGACAGGCUUGUACGAUUUGCUAAUGUGGAUCUUCAAGAUGUGAAGGACGCCCACAAGCGUUUUUACAAAGCCAGUGCUAUUUAUAAUCAGGUUCGUGAAAAGUUUCUGUCAUUGAGAAAGAGUGCAAGGCUGGAAAUUGCUACUGCCCUAGAGGAGGAACUUCACAGUGCAAGAUCAGCUUUUGAGCAGGAACGCUUUAAUCUGGUGAGUGCCCUCUCUAAUGUCGAAGGAAAGAAGAAGUCUGAAUUUCUAGAGGCUGUUGGUAAUACAAUGGAUGCUCAUCUUCAUUAUUUUAAACAGGGGUACGAGCUAUUGCUUCAGAUGGAGCCAUAUAUUAAACAGGUCUUGGAAUAUGCGCAACAGGCAAGACUAAAUUCCAACAACGAGCAGCUAGCUCUUAAUAAACAGAUGCAGGAGUAUGUAAGGCAGGUUGAUCAGGAGAAUCGACGGGCCUGUAGUGGGCAACAUGGUUCUUUAAGUACAGAUUCUUUACAACCUUUACCAAGAAGCUCUAAUAAACUGAUAGAGACGGCGAUGCAUUCUGCUGCUGAAGGAAAGGUACAAACCAUUAAACAAGGAUAUCUUUCUAAACGCUCCUCCAAUUUAAGAGGUGACUGGAAGAGAAGAUUUUUUGUUCUCGACAGCCGGGGAAUGCUAUAUUAUUAUCGCAAACAAUGGAGCAAGCCCACAUUGACGUUUGUAACCAAAUCAUCGGACACUCAGCUGCAAGGGACUAGCAAUAAUAUGAAUAGAGGAGCUCCUACAGAGCAGAGUUCAGGGUUGUUGAGUCGGUUGCUUUCCUCACAUUACCAUGGAGGAAUGUUUGAUGAGAAAGCGAUUGCGCAUCACACUGUGAAUCUGCUGACAUCGACAAUAAAAGUUGAUGCCGAGCAGUCAGAUCUGAGAUUCUGCUUCAGGAUUAUUUCCCCUACCAAAAUCUACACUUUGCAGGCUGAAAGUGAAGCUGAUCAAAUGGACUGGGUUAAUAAAAUAACUGGGGUUAUUACUUCUAUGCUAAGUUCACAAUCUCUCGAAAAGUUUCAUUUUAGUCCAGCUAGUGAAUGUAGUUCUGGUGGAAGUUCUGAUCAUCAAGAUAUUCGAUCCUUCCAUGAACCUAAGAACUCAGAUAAGAGUCUCUUGGCUAAAAAUGUUAUACGAACAUCCAGAAGUACCCUGCAGCUUGAGUGCUGCUUGAAAAAUGAGAAGCCGAUUGAUGUAUUGAGGAAGUUGCCUGGAAAUGAUAAAUGUGCUGAUUGUGGUGCACCUGAACCAGAUUGGGCUUCCUUGAAUCUUGUGGUUCUUCUAUGUAUUGAAUGCUCUGGUGUUCAUCGGAAUCUUGGUGUGCACAUAUCCAAGGUAAGAUCAUUGAGACUUGAUGUGAAAGUGUGGGAACCUUCUGUCAUUAGUUUGUUUCAGGCACUGGGUAAUGUCUUUGUCAACUCAAUAUGGGAAGGGCUGUUGCGGCCAAAUAGAACAGUUCAAGCAGAUGAAGUACCUAUACGGUCUUAUGAAUCAGAUAAACACAAAGAGUUUUUCACCAAACCGCGUCCAAAUGAUCAUAUAUCCGUGAAGGAAAAGUUCAUCCAAGCAAAGUAUGUCGAGAGACGCUUUGCUGUCAAACAAAAGGAUAAACAGCCUUCCAUGUCGAUUUCCAAACAGUUAUGGGAAAUUGUCCGUAUCAAUGACAAGAAAGCCGUGUACCGGAUGCUCGUUAAGUGCGAAGCAAAUGUCAAUGCUGUUCGCGGCCAUGCAUCACCAAAUACGUCCUCAGAUUCAGAAAAUGUGAUGAAACUGCACGAUAGCAUGGAUUCCAAUCGAAACUUGCGCCAUGAUGAGCUUUUUGAGGAGUGUUCCUUGCUUCACCUCGCCUGUCAAACUGCUGAUAUCGGCAUGAUCGAGCUUCUCCUGCAGUACGGGGCAAAUAUUGACACGUGUGAUUCGAGAGGUUGGACACCUCUACAUCAUUGCAUACUGAGAGGACAAACUGGGAUCGCGAAACUGCUGCUCACGAGGGGAGCUAAUGUGAAUUCUGCUGCCGAUGAUGGUAGAACUCCUUUUCGACUACUAGAAGAAUCAGAAAUCGAGGAUGGUGAGCUCUAUACCAUAAUGAAAAUUGCAAACAGGUAGAAAUUUCAAUGGGCAGAGGAUCAAACAAAUAAAACAGCUCGGCUCGCUGCUGCAGUGCUCCAAAAGCUAUUCUUUUUGCCGUGUUCGAAAAUUCUUUCGAUAAUUCUUAUGGUGUCCGGAGAAAUUCAGGCGAUUUCUUUCUUAGGUAAAUCUUGGAAGUAAUAAGUGAUCAUCUAUUAGUAAAAUUCUGUAUGCUUAUUCAGGGAAUUAAAUAUUUAAUUUUUUAUUUUUUAUAUUAUAUUAAAAAUUAGUUUUAUAUGAAAAAAUAUAUAAAUAUUUAUUUAUACAGAUCAAAUAACUA